AUGGGUUUAAGAACGCCUAGCAAACGUAAUUCUAAUUUCCAGCUCUACAUUAACAAGUGCCGACGAAAAACAUUUUUUAGGCCAAAAAUCUUCUAUCUUGGCAAAACGCCGACUCAGGAAGUGUACAGACCACUUGCUUACUACGAGGGAUUGCAGCCGGUCAAGGAAAAUGUGAAAAUAUUACGUUUUGAAGCGCCGCUUAACUUCGUCACAGUGUCCGCUUUCCUUGACAAAAUGAGUGAUGUUUUACAUGGCGAUGCAAACGGUCAGUGCAAUUCAGAAAAUCCAGAAAACAAUAAAGCGACGGAUCCGGAAAUGGCGGCAGGUUCGAGCUACGAAGAGCUCUCGCAGAGGGAUGAAAUAACAGAGGGAGAAAAUAAACGGCGACCGAAAAGUGAGGUUACAAACGGGGGGCUGGUGAUCAUCGUCGACUGUGGUGCCAUAACAAGCAUUGAUUCUAUGGGAGUUGAAGCCUUGAAAGAAGUAGGUUGUUUGGAAAAAGCUAUUUAG